UCUGCCAUCUGUCAGCGACGAGUUAACAUCAUGUUUGUACAAGUUUGUAGAUACUCUUUUGUUCUACUUAUUAUUUACUGUUUUAUAUGGAAAUCUGUCAGAGGAGAAAAAAUAAUAAUAGACACGGAUGCUGGAGGUGAUGACGCUGUCGCCAUCCUCAUGAUGUUGAGAUUUGAAGCUUUUAAACCAAAGACUUCGUCAUUUGAAAUUAUCGGUAUCACCUGCACAUAUGGUAAUACGAAAUUGGAAAACGUAGAAAUCAACGUAUUGAAAACAUUGACCAUUGCGGAAAGAAAGGAUAUACCGGUUUACAGUGGUGUGCAUAGCGGCAUAAUCGAAAAAUUCUCAAGUGACAACUUUUUUGGCGAAGAUGGAUUUGGCGAUACUGAAUUCGACCGAGAAAUAAUAGCAACGAUUGACCGCUCUAAAUAUGCUCCCACCGCUAUUGUUGACAUGGUCAAAGCAAACUCAGGCAAUGUGAGCAUAAUCACCCUUGGCCCUCUUACAAACCUCGCCAUGGCUCUGACUUUGGAGAAAAAUCUGACGAACCAUGUUAAUCACUUUUACAUCAUGGGUGGAAGUAUCGCGGGUGUUGGAAAUAUCAGACCUAACGUUGAAUUCAAUUUCGCUGCCGAUCCGGUGAGCAAUUUUGUGGUUUUCAAUGCGACCAGAGAAAACCAAAUUAUGCUUCUUCCCUGGGAAACUGCAAUAGAUACUGAUUUAACAAAGGAGUGGAGACAAGAAGUUUUUGCAAAAUACGACUCGCCCUACGUCGAAUUCUUAAACAAAGUCGAGAGUGUGAGCUUGAAAAAUUCGAGAAACCCCCGCUGGGUCUCAUCGGAUGCAAUGGCGGCGGCUUGUUUGAUCGAACCAAAUCUGAUAACAACCUACGUGGCGAAAAACGUUGAUCCAGUAACGUUUGGAAAAGCCAGAGGAUCAGUGCUGGUGGACUACACCGAACGUACGGGAAAGUUGCGAAAUACCAAAAUCGUACAAAAAACAGAUAAUAAGCUUUUCAAGAAAAUGCUGAUUCGAUAUCUCUCUUGCGAAGAACUAUCUUGUUAAAUAUGAAAAUAAAAAUGAAAUAAUAAAGAAUGGCAAAACUGAGACAAGGUGUCAUAAAGAAACGAUCGGUCAGAUGUUACUAAAGAAACGUUUCUUGCGAAAAAAACGAUGAAUUAGAUUGCGGUUAUCGCAACGGGGUCGAUAUAAAGUGCUGCGACAAUCUUUAUGAUUUUAAGACUCGUAUAUAGAGCUGUUUGUGAAGAGCGAUCUGAUUUCAAAUCUUUAUACUAUGCAUCUAACAGAGACAUUACAUGUUAUUUUAUAUGUGCGUUCAUAUAUGUCUAUACGUGCAAUUCCAGCUUAUACGUAACUAAAUAUUUAUCUUCGAAGUUUUUCAUCCAUAUUUUUCUAUUAAGUACUGAUUAAUAAUGUCGUCAAACAAAGUCGUCUGAAAUACAGAUAUGUAUGUG